AUGGAUCUGGACCUUGAGGAAACCUUGGAAUCUGAGUUGAACUCUGGCGGCUGCUCUCACAUCCAGAGUGUUCUCGAAGACGACGAGCUUCGAGCGAGUAUCUCCCGCCAAUACAAGGCAGUGGUAGCAUGGAAUUACCGACGUGCUCAAGUAAUGGCGAACCCAGCCAAACGUCGCAAGAUUUCCUCGCCGACGUGCGGCAGUUGUAGAUUGACGCUGUCCCGACCGUUCGCAUGCCUUUCCUGUACCUUUACGGGAUGCUGGACACGCCGCGACAACCACAUAGUUGCUCAUCUGGAGGAUAACGAUCAUGACUUCUGCGUCGAUGCACAAAGUGGUAGCAUAUACUGCGCCAGAUGCUCCGACUUCAUCUAUGAUCCUGCCAUUGAAGAGCUACAAGCUCUGACGUUGCUUUCCCAGGAAGAAAAGGCCACCAGAUUCCAGUACGCCAAGCAAUUGCGGGAACCGUAUAAACCAUGGAAACCGAGUGAUGUACCCUCAUCCAUACUCUCCGAUUAUACCCCAAUACCAUGCCAGAGCCGUCGAGGACUCCUGAACCUUGGACAGACUUGCUUCCUGAACGUCGUCCUCCAAUCUCUGAUUCACAAUCCACUUCUCCGUAACUACUUUCUUGGCGACAAGCACAAUGUUCGUUUAUGCAAGCUCAAAGAAUGUACGUGUUGCGAGAUGGAUGCUCUGUUCCGAGAGGUCUACUCGGGCGAGCAGGCCCCUUAUGGCCCUACCAGUUUUCUGGCUACCUUGUGGAAGGCUUCAUCUGAAUUGUCCGGAUAUGCGCAGCAAGACGCACAUGAGUGUUUCAUCUCUAUUCUGAACCAAAUACAUGGUACUUCCCGUGGCUCAACGAACGUUUCCUGCAAUUGCAUUAUCCACAGCACCUUCCAAGGUCAGCUGCAGAGCGAUGUGCGGUGCGAGCGCUGCGGAAAUGUCACGACCACCACCGAUCCCAUGCUUGAUGUUAAUCUGGAACUCAGGGGAAAGGGUGGCAAGGUCUCAGGAGAGAAUACCCUACUCGGGUGCUUGACGAGAUUCACGCACCCGGAGAAACUCGGGCCAAAAGAGUACAGCUGCAGCAGAUGUGCCAAAGGCUCACAUGAAGCGACAAAACGGAUGAGCAUACGGAAGCUCCCACCGGCGUUGAGCUUCCAGUUCAAGCGCUUCGAACACAAAUCAAGCGACAAAGCGACGGCACAGAAGAUUGACGCCCCGGUCCGAAUCCCUUCGAUGCUAAACAUGCAGCCAUACACGACGUUCAUCAUGAACGGCGGGAAUGAGAAGGGAAGCGGAAGUGCCGGGGGAUUCGGUCACCCGGGACCCGGGGAGCUUUACGAAUACGAUUUGUUCGCUGUGAUCUGCCAUGAGGGGCAAAUCGACAACGGGCAUUACUACAACUUCGCUCGGUUUCAAGACGAGUGGUAUCGCUUCGAUGACGACAAGGUCACCCAUUCGAACCUCAAGGAAUGCCUGAAUUCUCCCGCGUACAUGUGUUUCUACGUCAAGCGCCAUUUGGAAUAUCGGCAGAACAGGAAGGCCGCGUAUCAGCUCGCGCGCGAAGCCGACAUUCGGAAAGAGGAGGAAAGGGCAAAAGAAGAAGCAGAGCGGGAGAGGGAGCAAGAAGCUGCGAGAAUGAAAGAGGUGGAAGACGCCCUUCUGGCGACUGUUUGA